GACGUCAAACCGAACGUCAAAGAAUUGCAACGGGACUUUUUCUGAAAAAGACGCUCUGUGGCGUGCUGCUGUGAGGAAUUUUCAAUUUUAAGUAAAAUCCUCGCUAGUUUUUCGGUUAAGCAAGUGUAAAACUACUCAUCAGCACUAUCUUGCUGCUUGCACCUGUUUACCGAAGAGCCGCCAUUUCUAUUCGUCAGCGUCGCUUGAAUUUCGAUUUUCUCGGCUGAAUCAGCUUUAGGAAAAUUGAUUGCUAGACUUCGGAUAAACGGCGUGACCUGUCAGUUUCAUUACCUAAACAAACCUUCUCUAGCAGAAGUGCAUAGGUAUACCCAAUAUCGGUACUCUUGUUUUCAGUACAUUAUCUGCAAAAAGUUUGACUAGUGUAAAAGUAUCAUUAUGGCUGACGUAGUAAAAACAGAAGAGAAGGCCCCGGAAGUUAAGCCCACGGAAACCAGUGAGGCAGAAACUAAGCCCACUGAGGAAGCUACAGAGGUGAAAAAGGAAGAAACCACCGAAGGUGAUAAACCGAAAGAAGGCGAUAAAGCCGCCGAUGCUGAGAAGCCCAAGUCAUUCGACACUUCCAGUUUGAAUACUUCUUCCAAGAAGCGAUUCUACUGGUUGGUCGAGCAAGGCUACAGCAAAGAAGAAGCGUUGAAACUUGCCCCUGAUGCUGCAAAGGUUGCAGAAUUGCGGGCCAAAGUGAACUUGAAACGCAAAUCGGAAACAACUGGUGGAUCCGCCGCCAAGCAAACCAAAACGGAAAAAAUCAUCGUAGCCGUGGCUCAUCCGGAUUAUCCGUCAGCUAAGAUAACUAGCGAACAAGCCGGUAAGAUCAAGUCAGCUAUUCUCAAGAAGGUAUUGGACGAAAAAGACACGGGUAUUAAACCGAACUUCGAAGAAUGCGUUUUCACCAACGAUUACUUGCGAGUCACUUGUUCUGAUUCUGAAACCUUCACUUGGCUCAAAGCAAUCAUCGGAACGCUUGAGCUUUGGGAAGGUGCAUCGCUUAGCGUAUCCAACGAAAGAAAGUUGCAGAAUAUUGGGGUUUAUAAUGCUACUUUUGAGGACAGCAAGGAUGAAUCGAAUGAACAAAUUUUCGAUUUCAUCCAGUCCCAAAAUACUGGUUUUGACACCGGGAAAUGGAAAAUCGUUUCUCGUAAAGAUAUUCCCAGCACUACGAAAGUUACUUUAACUUUCACAAUGGAUCCUCAAUCAAUCAAACCUUUGAAAGAUGUUGAUUAUAAUAUUAAAUACAAAUUCGGCAAGGUUCAAAUUUACAAAAAAGAUCGUGAAACCGGUAAAAUUUUCAUCCCCACUAAGAAGGUCGCUAACGCACCGAAGGGUCGACCACAGCAGAACGUUUGGUCAUCUGCUCCCGGUCGCGUCAAUCCUAAGUCUGGACCGCAAUCGCGCGGAAGGCCUACCUUCAACGCGAGCUCCAACCGCGGCUCGAACUUCCGCAAUCGUAGCGGUCCUCCGAAUCCACCACCACUAUUCCGGGGCAACUCGGGGGGUAAUCCUAUUGAAAGUCUCUUUGAGCAGUUCAACCGCUUGAAUAAUCUGGCCAAUGCUGCCCGCGGUGGCAAUUUCCCCGGCAACAACAGCAGUGGUGGUAACUUCAACAAUGGCUUCAACGGCGGCAACUUCAAUAGGGGUGGUGGUGGUGGAGGCCGUGGCGAAAGCUUAAACAGAAGUGGCAACUCUGGUGGAGGCCGCGGUGGUUCCGGCUUCAACAACCGAGGAGGAAAUCCAAACCGCAAUAAUAAUUCUCUUAAUCGUCGCCGUAACAACCCUCCCGGAGGCAAUCGCAUCGCUAAACGAUCCAAACCAUUCUAAACCUGUACUGUACUGUUCCAAAAUUGUGGUGGAGAAAUUAAAUGCAUCUUAAUUCACCGACUAUAUUAAUAAAUAUCUUAAGUUAAGGAA